UGCUAUCUGCCUCUCAAACAAGAAAAUUUAUGUUGUAAAAAGAAGCAUUCAGACAGCUGCUGUGGAGGGGAACACUGUUAAUGUUUGAUGCUAACAUAAUACAAAAUGGGUCGGAACCUGUUAAUGAGUAGCCUUGAGAAUGCAUCUUUCAAUAUUUUAUUUCAAAUUUUAUUUCGAUGUGUCACCUUUAUUAUCAAUGCAUGGGUGAUAAGAAAUGUUGGACAUGAAGUCCUCGGUAUUAUGAAUGUAAGACUACUGCUUUUAGAAAGCACUAUUUUAUUUUUAAGCCGGGAACCAUUUAAUCGAGCUUGUUUAGGCCAAAAAGAUCAGUGUAGUUGGAGUCAUAUUAUCAAUCAAAUUUGGUUGUCAGUGCCUCUUAGUUGUGUAUUGUCUAUAAUAUUUGUAUAUGUUUGGCUUAAUUGGUUACCUCUGGGGCACCCUGAACAUGCUGCACAGUACACAUUUGGGUGUUGGAGUGUAGCACUCUCCUGUGUGUUAGAAUUAUGUUGUGCUAAUAUGAUGCUAGUAGCUCAAAUGUAUUGUUUUAUUAAAUUAAAAGUGGGCUUGGACACAUUGCAUAUUUUUGUGAGAAGUACAUUGUUUGUAUCCAUAAUUGUGUAUGAUAGAUCUCAGGCACUUAUAGCUUUCUCAGUAGCACAAGUUAUAAGCAUAGGCACAAUUGCUUUAACAUACUAUCUCUUUUUUUACUGGUAUAUAAAGUAUAAACCUUUGUAUGCAAAGGGGGCUCUAAAGAGUAAAAUAAUUCCUGAUAUGGUAUUACACAAACUAUACAAUAAUAUGGAUGAUUUUCAAUUUACAUCUUUUAGAGAUUUUUUUCCAAAACAUUUAGGAUCACUGUAUGCUUCAUUUGAUAAAAAACUAAAUACACUAACAUUAAGUUUUGCUAAACAAGGCAUAGUGAAACAAGUGUUGACUGAAGGGGAGAAGUAUGUAAUGUCCACAAGUCCAGUAAUGAGUUUUACAGAACAAGCAACUUAUGAUGUGGUGAAUAAUCUUGGUAGUUUAGCUGCUAGAUUUGUGUUUCGGCCAAUUGAAGACAGUAGUUAUUUUUACUUCACGCAUAUGGUGAGUCGGGAUUUACCACUGCAGAAGCAAGACCAGAGUAAAAUACAGGAAUCCUGUACAGUUUUGUCACAAGUAUGUAAAACAGUUAGCUCAAUUGGCUUAAUAAUUCUAGUGUUUGGACAAAGUUAUGCACGCACCUUGUUGAUGUUGUAUGGUGGCGAGGCGUUUGUAGUUAGCAGUCUUCCUGUACAGUUACUUAGAAGUCAUUGCUUAGCGGUAGUUCUCAUAGCUAUAAACGGUGUUACUGAAUGUUAUGUAUUUGCUACAAUGACUAGUGCUCAGUUAAAUAGUUACAAUUUCUUGAUGGUAUUUUUUUCUAUAACUUUUCUGGUACUAUCUUAUGUUCUCACAUAUGUGUUUGGACCAGUAGGGUUUAUAAUAUCUAACUGCAUUAAUAUGUUUGCAAGAAUUUUGCACAGUAUCCACUUUAUAAAUAACAAAUACAGGAAUACAGAAUACAAGCCUUUGGAUGGUUUGCGUGUUGGUAAAGUUUUCAUUUUGGUAUUGUGUGUAGCUGGGGUUGUGUGUAAAAUUUCUGAAAAUAAAUUGUACAAUGAUUCUGUAGUAUUUCAUAUUAUUAUUGGCAUGGUAAUGUUCUUUUUCGUAUUGCUAGCUUGGGGCUAUGAAAAUAAGGACCUUGUUAUAAAAAUGUACAGAAAAGUAUUUAGUAAAGAUGAUAAGGUUUCACUUGAUUAGCAUUCAAUUAUUGUUAAGUGUAUGUAAUAUACUAAUUAUAUUCUAUAUAAUAUGAGUGUUAUCAUAAGAUAAUAAAAAUAUAGCUAUGUUACUUGAUAA